CAUCUAUCGAACUAACAUGCCGGGCUCUAUGUGGCGAAUAGAAAUCAUCUUUGGAUUACUUCAUGAUCAUUUUGUACGUUUAGACCAUACCCCAACAUACCUAUGAAGACCAUCAAUUGGGUAUACCGAUGUCAGCUUAUAGUUUAUGGGAAAUUUGACCAGCCCGAAGAUAACAAGUCAUGUGACCUUAUCUCCGACCUGGACUUUUUUAUUCUUUCCGCCGCUCAUCCAGACCAAGCAACAUCAAUCAAUGCACGUUAGCUGCGACCAUGGCCCUGCGAGUACGUUCGGCAUCUUAUUUCCGACGGUGCUCAAAUUCCCAUACCCUAAUACCAACCCCGCGUCGGCGUUUUGCGACCCAUUCUAACACGCGCACGUACGACGUCGUUGUCAUCGGAGGUGGCCAUGCAGGCGCAGAAGCAUGUGCCGCAGCCGCCCGCUCUGGUGCCCAGACAGCUCUGGUGACGCCGUCACUCUCCAACAUCGGCGUAUGCUCCUGCAACCCCAGUUUCGGCGGAAUCGGCAAGGGUACGAUGAUCAGAGAGAUUGACGCAUUGGACGGCGUUGCUGGACGCAUAAUAGAUAAGGCUGGCAUCAUGUUUCGCGUGUUGAAUCAAUCCAAAGGCCCUGCCGUUUGGGGCCCGAGAGCACAGAUCGACCGGGAUUUGUACAGACAAUAUAUGCGGGACGAAUUAGUGUCGACGCAGAACUUGAAUAUCGUCGAGGGGAAAGUCGCGGAUAUCGUAGUUUCGCGAGAUGAUGUGCAGAAUUAUCCCGGCUCAAAGGGGAAAAUUGUGGGAGUGAGGCUGGAAUCUGGAGAGGUUAUUCCUACCAACCGUGUUGUCAUCACCACCGGCACGUUUUUGGGCGGAGAGAUACAUAUCGGUUUGGAGGUAUACCCGUCAGGACGCAUGGGAGAGGCGGCUACGUUUGGUCUCAGCAAGUCUUUACGAGAAGCAGGUUUCGAGUUGGGUCGUUUGAAGACAGGAACACCACCGCGCUUGGAUAAGAAAUCGAUCGAUUUCUCGGCCUUGGAGGUGCAGCCUGGAGACUCCCCUCCUAACCCAUUUUCCUACAUGAAUGAUACAGUGCAGGUUGGUGAUGAGGGCCAAUUGACCUGCUGGAUGACCCACACGAACGAAGCAUCUCAUAAAAUCAUCAGAGCCAAUUUGGAUAAAUCAAUUCAUAUCCGAGAAACCGUCAAAGGGCCUCGAUACUGUCCAUCGCUGGAAUCGAAGAUUAUCCGUUUCAAAGACAAGCCGCACCAUCAAAUCUGGCUUGAACCUGAAGGAUUUGCUCCUAAUGAUGUCAUCUAUCCUAAUGGAAUCUCAAUGACAGUUCCCGCCGACGCACAAGAAGCAAUGCUGCGGACAGUGCGCGGGCUGGAGAAUGUGCGUAUGCUACAGCCCGGGUACGGAGUGGAAUAUGACUACGUCGACCCGCGCAACUUGAAGCCCACGCUCGAAACGAAACUCAUCUCCGGCCUGUAUCUGGCAGGACAAAUCAACGGCACUACAGGCUACGAGGAAGCCGCUGGACAGGGUGUAUUGGCAGGCACAAACGCCGGCCUUGCAGCUCUCGGUCGCCCUCCUAUGGUUCUCACCAGGGCAGACGGCUACAUUGGCAUCAUGGUAGACGACCUAAUCACCAAGGGUGUUUCCGAGCCAUACCGCAUGUUCACAACGCGCAGCGAAUUCCGCAUCUCAGCUCGCUCCGACAACGCCGACCUUCGACUGACCGCUAUGGGUCGAGCAGCGUCAGUUGUGUCAGACAAACGCUGGACUCACUUCUCCGAGACCAAACGCCAAAUCGACGAGCUUCAAUCACUAUUAGACAACACCAAAUUUACAUCCAACCAAUGGUCUCGUCUAGGCUUCCCAACACGCGUCGACACCUCCUACCGCUCCGCACUCGACAUGCUAUGUCUGAAGGGCGUGUACAUCGAUCAACUAAUCCCGCAUAUCGUCUCUCCCAACGGCACGGCCUACUCAACCUCCUCAUUCCCAGCCGAUAUCCGAAAGCGCGUGACGAUCGAGGCACAGUAUGCCCCUUACGUGACGCGGCAGAAUCAGAUGGCCGAGAAAUUCAAGCGCGAAGAGAACAUGCUGCUCCCAGCAGAUCUAGACUACACUGCCGUGCAUGGCAUCAGCACGGAGGAACGACAGAUCCUAGAAAGAGUCAGGCCAGAGAGUAUUGGGAUGAUACGACGUAUCGAAGGAAUUACGCCUAGUGGAGCGCUGCGAUUGAUGAUGCACGUCCGCAGACUGGAUCGUGCUGCUACUGUUGACCAAGACCUGGCGACACUUACGAGUAGCAUAUAAAGGGACUGUGUUUUAUUCUCUCAUUAUUUAUUGAUUAUUUGGCGGAUGCAUAGCGAUAUGCUUGGUUGGAGUUGGGGGUAUACCAUUACAAUUGGGUUAACAUGUAUUAUAAACCUCGUCUACAAGCCUGUAUAAUAGAUCUUUUGCAUACAUGGACAU